AUGAAAGAAGAAGAUGAAGAAAAGACAACGUUCCACACCGAUAAAGAAAUCUUUUGUUACCAAAAGAUGCCUUUCGGCCUCAAAAACGUUGGGGCAACCUACCAACGUUUAGUGGACAAAGCCUUUGCAAGCCAAAUUGGUAAAAACAUGGAAGCAUAUGUCGAUGACUUGACAACCAACAACGAAGCCGAAUACGAAGCACUGAUAGCCGGCUUAAGACUGGCUAAAGAGAUGAAGGUCCAGAAGCUUGAAGUGUUCACAGAUUCGCUGCUGGUAUCAAGCCAGGUGAAUGAAAGCUACAUUGCAAAGGAGCCCAACAUGAAAAGAUACAAAGAAGAAUCCAAAGAAUUGAUGGAUACCUUCCAAACAUGUAGUAUCAAGCAAAUCCCCAGGUCCCAAAACAAGAAGGCAGAUGCCUUAAGCAAGCUUGCGUCUCUCACCUUUGCCCACCUUACAAAGAAGGUGUUGGUAGAAGUGUUAAAGGCUCCAUCAAUUGAUGAGUUAGAAGUUCAAGAUGUAAUCAUCGAUGAAGAUCCAAAUUGGAUGACUCCAAUGAAGAAAUUCCUCAAAAACGGUGAAUUGCCUAGUGAUCAAACAGAGGCUGAAAGGGUUAAAAUUAAGGCAAGGCAGUAUGUACUACAAAGUGAAACCCUUUACAAAAAAGGUUAUCUUGCUCCCUUGUUAAGAUGCGUAGGUCCCGAGAAAAGUCAAUAUUUGAUCAAAGAAAUUCACGAAGGUAUAUGCGGAGCUCAUUUUGGAGCUAGAUCGGUGGUUGCCAAACUCAUGAACCUUGGGUAUUUUUGGCCCUCAAUGCACCGAGAUGCCGCUGAGCAGCUAAAGAAGUGUGAUGUCUGCCAAAUUCAUGCACCUGUCCCAAAAAGUCCUAAACAUGACCUUGUCCCAAUAACCUCAGCAUGGCCCUUCUACAAAUGGGGCAUGGACAUCGUCGGACCAUUCCCCCCAAGCAAAGGUGGAGUAAAAUUUUUGUUGGUGGCCAUAGAUUAUUUCACCAAGUGGCCCGAAGUUAAACCACUUGCAAAAAUCACGGGCAAGCAGGUCAUUGACUUUGUUUGGGAGAACAUUAUUUGCCGUUAUGGAUUGCCGGGAGUACUUGUCACUGACAAUGGAAAGCAAUUUGCUGAGAAGCCUUUCAGCAUUUGGUGCAAAGAAUACAGGAUAAAUCAAGUCUUCAGCUCAGUGGCUUACCCGCAAUCAAACGGUCAAGUUGAAAGGACGAAUCGAAGCAUAGUGGAAGGGAUCAAAACAAGAUUGGGAAGGUAUGAAAGCAACUGGCUUGAAGAGUUGCCAAGUGUUUUAUAG